AGGCGGCUGUGGCGCUUCCUGGAGCAGCAGCAGGGGACCGAAGGCGAGCCAGCACCCGUCUUCGACUGCGGCGUCCCGCCUGCUCACGAGGGGACGGGCAGGGCUGCGGCCACCAACGGGCACGCAGGGGAGACGCGCAGGGCUCGAUCGGAGACGCGCCGGGCAGAGCGAGAGACGCGCAGGGCACCACGGGAGACGCGCAGGGCUCGAUCCGAGACGGCAUGGUGACACGACGGAUCUCGUUGCAUUCACAGAAUGGGUGAGGGGCGGAGGAGCCGGACGGCAACUUGAUGUACGGCCACUUCGCGUGCUGUCCGUACAAUGCAUCCGAAAAUGAUUCUUCCUUGCACCAUCUCGCGUGGUGUCUCGCUCUCUCAAUGUGCUUGGUGCCCUCCUAUAAGAUCCAUGAGGUUCGUUGCCGUGACUCUCAGACAUGGUUGUCUCAAGACAUGUGGGUCUGCUUCGUAGCCAUUUUGGCUCAAGGGUUGGCGGUGUAUGAAGCAAGGCCUGGCCCGAGGCCGCUGGCGCCGGCCGCCGCCGCCGGGCGCGCCAUGCCCUCGGCAUCGUCGUUGGGGCGCGGCCUGUUGUCAGCCCCUGGCGCGGUCGCUUCGCGCGGCGCUGGCGGCGGCGACCCGCGGCGCCCGAGCUGCCGCACCGCCGCGUUCGCUGGCCUUGUACAUCGUGGCCAGGGGCUCGGCCUCGGACGAGUGCGCCGCCUUCCACAUGACAGAGACCCGGCAGGAGGGCGGGGGCGAGUCGAGCGUCACCCUCCGUACCUGCAAGGGUGGCUAUCUGUCUGUCGUUGUGAUUCCCAUCCACACGUUCCAUAUGUACCGGGCCCAGGGGGGUGACGACUACCCUUUGGCGAACGUCAACACAGCGAACCUCGGCGGCGUUCUGUGGUACCUCCACAACGAGGUCGUGAAAGACUCGCCCCGGAAGUUCGGCAUCACCCGCAUCAAGGUCUCGACGACGUCCCCCGACAAGCUAGCCUCCCGGGGCAUGAACUUCGGCGUCCGGUUCGCCUACGACAGCCAGAAGUGCACCAGCGCGGGGCCGUGGAACGGCCCGGGGUCGUGCGACAGGUACUACCAGGAGUACGGCAACUUCGUCGGCUGCAACUUGCUUGGUAAGUACCCAUUCCCGAUCGCAUCCCAGGGCUUCCCGGUGCACUACGGGGGCGCGAAGUGGUACAGUUUGCCGAAGAAGGGCGCCUGCAAGUGCGAGGAAGGCAAGGCCUGCGCACCGACGGGCGCCGUGGACUGCAUGCACACUGCCGAGUGGGCCGGAGACAUCUACCUCCAAGAUCUGGAAGGCAUCGGCAACUACGACGGCUUUGUCGGCAGCGGGCAGAAGGAGUAUGACCAAGGCCAGGACGCGGGAACUCCUUCUGGAAUCAGAAAUUCGACGAUUAUCUGUGCUGGCAGCGGAUUCAGGCCGCAGACGCCUUCUUCCAGCGAGCGCAUCCAGAAUGCCCUGGAGACCGGGAGAUGCCCGAACCCGACUGCGACUUUAGCUGCACUGACUUCUACCGCGGCAUCACCGACGGCCCCCCAGACGACUGCAACGAGACGCUGCAGGAACAGAAGGCGGCACACUUCCAUCCGGUCCUCGGCCGACGAGAGCUGUGCCUUGGCAUCGCUCGGACGUGUGCAUUUUUUUCUCGGCGUGGACCUUCAAGGAGCUUGGGCCCCACGGGGGAGGCCUGUGCAGGUGCAUGCUCCGAGUUUCGUAGCAUGCGCUGUGGAGACGCCAGCCCCCGCUGGCAUCGACCCCGAUCGCGGAUGCCCAGCGCGCGCGCGGGAGGCGGUCCGCCGUCCGACGUGGAGUGCUGACCCCCACUGGGGGGGGUGACCCACCACGCGUGUUACCGAGCGCAGAGUAAUCCCAGACUUGCCAGCAUGGAGCAUAUCCCCAUCCUCAUGGUUGGUAUAGCCUCAUCCCGAUGCCGAUCUCAGGGACCCUCGCAGUUUCUGAGGGCGCAUGCCUAAGAAUAUAUACAUAUAUAUAUGUAUAUGUGUAUGCGCAUGGCGGUUCCCCUUUCUGUGGCUCUCUGGAGAAAUCGCCCAGGAGAGCCCCAGGAAGACGCGCGAGGAUAUCCUUCUUCCUCUGCUCCCCGAGCCUCCCCGCUGCUUCAGAGAGAUACCUAUACCCACCGGGAACUUUACUGUCGUUUGCUGGCGGGAAAGAUUGUAUCGAGAAGGUCGGCGACCACACUUCCUGAGAAUUCGAGUGCAUGGCCUGUUGAGGUGGAUAUGUUUUGGACCUCCUGAGGCCAGCAGCCAGGCAUCGGGGGACCUGCUCUCCCUUUGUCCGCCUUCGUUAGGGCGUGCUGGCUGCUCUGGGCGGUGCCCGCGCGGUUCCUUGCGCGCUAUGCCGCAUCGCACUGAGCGCAUUCGCGAGCGGAGCCGAAGAAAA